AUGACGACUGCUGUAACAAAAGGCAACCCAAAGACAGCCGAAUUUGCUCGGCUUUUCGAAUUAUUUGACCGCAUUGCGACACGACGUGCUAGGGGAUCUACGGAACUAGCAAUCUCGACGGACGACAUCCAAUCCGUUCCUGCCGAAUUCGCACCAGUUCUAAAGAAUUUGUCUACCGUUCUUUCUUUACGCACUCAACGGGACCAAAAGUGCCUUCGCAAGCCCAUAGGGCGCCCCCGCCGCAACACUGUCGGUGUUGCACCCAUGACAAAGACUGCCAUCGACGAAGUGGAAGAUGUAGGGAGCCCUACAUUUCCCCUUGAGGAACAUCACCCAUUUACAUUCAAGCUUAUGCUCCACAAAUUAUACAACGUCGACGAAUGGGCCGAGAAGGUGAAGAGUGCUGUAGAAGCGUCAAAAGAACAGUUUAAACCACUUGCGGAGAGAAUGCAAGAGGUGAUGAAGGAGGGGAGGAAUGUCGCGAGGUCUAGAAGUCAGUCCGUGAUGAACCCAAAGUUCAAGGGGAAAGCGAUUUCCAGAGAACAAGUUCUCGCAUCCCCAGUACAUCCAAAUGACUUCAGCCGAGUCUUAAAGAAACGCUGCGUUGGGAGACGCAAAUCUAUCAAUGGGCCACUUGCUGGGGGUGUAUGGGUUUACGACGCAGCCAUAUCUGCUGUCGAGCUGGAUGGUGGUCGUCCAUCCCUGGAAAUUACGAUUUCAAAGGCCAAAGACAACUUGAACAAUACCGGUUUUCGGUCUCGUCACCAGUCUCUCGCUGGACUGGAGGGUAUUCAGGAUCGGGACACGACUCGUAGGAAAGUCAGAAUUGCAGUGCCCUUAGCGCGGGAUGAUUCCUAUUAUCAUCGAGUGGUAGUAUGUCCUCAGAGCCCACCGAGUUUGCAAGUAGCCAAAGACAGCCUAGAAAACGGAAAACAGGCAAAUAAAGUUGAAACUGAGAAGUCCUACAAGGUCGCGAAAGACUUCGGCUCGAUAUAA